UGCUCGUUCCCGCCCCGCACACCGGCGGCUCGCCGUCGCCGUGCUGUUGUUUUGGUUUGACAUCCUGCCUGGUUCUUGGUCACUGGCCACCAGCCAUGUGGGCGAAAAAGCAAAAGGAGUUGCCAUAGAAACGCUCAGGUCCCCCCCCCAAUAGUGUGUGUGUGUGUGUGUGUGUGUGUGUGUGUGUGUGUGUGUGUGUGUGUGUGUGUGUGUGUGUGUGUGUGUGUGUGUGUGUGUGUGUGUGUGUGUGUGUGUGUGUGUGUGUGUGUGUGUGUCGCACACCUGACGCGGUGAGCCGGUGUCUCCUGUCACCCGCACUCAGCCCGGGGCACUGUCCCACCGUCUGAUAUCAUCUUCAUCCAAAAAUUCCCCAUAUUUGGCAAAGUGUUUGGUUAUGAAGUGAAGCUGUUGCAACCGAAUCUAUAUAUUUGUAUUCAGAGUGACAUGAGAGGCGGACGCCCCACAAGGUUUUGAUGCUGAUGAUUCUUCCGAUGACCUUUAAUUUCUGUCGGCUCUGUCUCCAUUUUGGCUCUAAUAUAUUUAAAAACUAAAAGAGCUGUUUUUACGCGCCGCGGUUACGCAUUUCAACAUUCAAAACUAUAUCCAACCCGAAUCUGGAGCUAAUGAUACAAAAAAAGAAAGAAAAAGAAAUUCUCUCCAUCACUCAUCUUUGAAGACGGAGAAUGCCUUUGAUCCGUCCGGGCCCGUCUUCUGGCUGAUGGUCCGACUCAGACUCGCACCGCUCCUCUGAUGUUGCCAUGUGUGUUGGACGCGCAGGAGAGCAGCGCGCAGCUCCAUCGAUCUCCCCGACGAAGGGAUUGAUUUAUGAUUACUCACUGCGCCUCCAUCAGGAUUGUUGUCGUUCCUUUUCUCUCACCAUGCAUCGAACGACCAGGAUAAAGAUCACGGAGCUCAACCCUCACCUCAUGUGCGUCCUGUGCGGAGGAUAUUUCAUUGACGCCACCACCAUAAUCGAAUGUCUUCACUCAUUCUGCAAGAUGUGCAUCGUUCGCUACCUGGAAGCCAGCAAAUACUGUCCCAUCUGUGAUGUACAAGUGCAUAAAACCAAGCCCCUGCUCAACAUUAGGUCUGACAAAACUCUACAGGACAUCGUGUACAAACUGGUCCCUGGCCUCUUCAAAAAUGAAAUGAAGAGGCGGAGGGACUUUUAUGCUGAGCACCCAGUAGACGCCUCUAACGGAUCGAACGAGGACCGCGGAGAGGUGGCCGACGAGGACAAGAGGAUUAUUACAGAUGAUGAGAUCAUCAGCCUCUCGAUUGAGUUCUUUGACCAGAGCAGGCUGGGAGCUGGCGUGGAGGACAAGCAGUGUAAAGAUCAGGUGGCUAACAAGAGGUACCUGCAGUGUCCAGCAGCCAUGACGGUCAUGCACCUGAGGAAGUUUCUGCGCAGUAAAAUGGACAUCCCAAACACCUACCAGGUUGAAGUCAUGUAUGAAGACGAACCUUUGAAAGAUUACUACACGUUAAUGGAUAUAGCAUAUAUCUAUACUUGGAGAAGGAACGGCCCGCUGCCCCUGAAGUACCGAGUCCGACCCAACUGUAAGAAGAUGAAGGUGAGCCACGCGCAGCAGGAAGGCCAGAACAGCGCGAGCAGGUCCGGCCCGGAGAGCGACUCCGCCAGCGACAAAGCCGGAAGUCCCGCCGGGGCUCCGUCCACGUCCUCCUCGCUGCCGAGCCCCGGCACGCCCGCUCAGUCCCCGCACCCGCAGCUUCCACACGGCCCCAAUAACGUCAACGGGACCCCCGCCGCCGACGCCGCCCCUCCGACCCCCAGUCGGCCCUUCACCCAGUUCGGAAGCGGCGGCGGUGGCGGCGGCGUCACCAAGCCCCGGAAGGUGUCCCUGAACGGCUCGUCGACCUCUUCCGGAUGACGCGCUGCGCCGGACCGGAUCGGACCGGACCAGCCAACGCCAGACACCCGUUCAGCUAAUACAGUUUCCAUGCCAACGUAGUUCCAUUGUGUAGACGACGUUCUCUCCCUUUCUCUCGCCAUUUGUUGUUCUGAAUAUCACGGCAUCCUGUGUCAAGUCUAAACGUAGUGGAAUCAGAGACAUUUCAAAAUAAAAGUUAUGCGGAAGUUGGGUGGAGUGGGAAUGUCGAUAUGAAAGAAAAUGUUGAUGUUGGGGGGGGGGGGGGGGCAGCAGUGUGCGAAAGGAGAAGGUCACGACAUUCAGACCUUUUAAAAGCUACAUCUUUAUUUUACAGAAGCGACUGAAGAUAGAUUUUCACAUGUUCUUUUACAGGUUUUGUUUUUAUCAAGUUCGGCGUGUUUGUCAGGCAUAUUUCAUGUGCUGGGAUAAUUUUUCCCCUCAAACUGUCAGUUUAAACGUGCAUGCUCAUGAGAACACUUUUCUUUUAAAGGAAAGAGAAUUCCACGUGUUUACACCACAAGUCUCAUUUGGACGAUUGUUUUAAAAAAAAAUCAGGCAUUGAUCCAGUUCCACGUGAAAAGAAAAUACAUCUGUAUAGCGCUGUUGUUGACUUCACGGGGAGAAAUGCCUAUGGAGGGGAAAAAAAUCAACUUUACUUUUUGACUUUUUACUGGAAAAAACUAAAACCACCUUGUAGCCGCGGUGGAAUCGGAUUGCUUGUAAAUCCUCCACUUCAUAAGCACGUUAUAAGCAGUUGUAGACGAUCUACGUGUAAAUAGAAACAAAAUGCAUAUUUAAUCAGCGACGUUAUUCCCUUACCCCCUUUUUUUUUUCGUUGUGAAGGAAUGACCUGAGCUCCUGUUCAGCUCCAUUUCAUGCUCAGUUGACAGAUGUUUUGAUGUCUCCCGUGUUUUUUCCUGUAUUUUUAUCGCUCGAUUUUAUGGACAACUUAUUGUAUUGUUACUGUUGCACAGUAUAAAACGUCUAAAUAAAAUAAAAAAAUAAAAAACAUUUUACACUUA